GGCCGCGCCGUGACGUCCCUCGAAUAGCAGCUCGAGGCGGGUGAUUCUUGUGAGGCAGUUGGUGGUGCUGCCCACAACUUCCCUUUCCUUUGGCUCUGGCAGCGCUUAAGAACCAGGGCACCCCAGUGCCAGCCGGACUCUUUCCCUUCGGACACAGCAAAGCUGCCUUCACUGCAGGGAUGGCGGCGGCGUCUGCAGCCCCUGCACGCUGGGGGUUGUUUUGGCUGCUUCUUCUCCUGCCCGUUUCUGUGACGCCUUCCAAGCUGAACAUCCCCAAAGUGCUUUUGCCGUUUACUCCGAGCACCAGAAUCAACUUCACCCUGGAAGCAAGCGAGGGAUGCUACCGCUGGUCUUCUACCAGACCAGAAGUUGCCAGCAUUGAAGCUGUAGAACAAGACAGUCGGCAGUGUUCACAAAAGGCUGUUGUCCAAGCACGAUCAUCACAACCAACACGUCUUACAAGUAUUAUUUUGGCUGAAGAUGUUAUGACUGGUCAGGUGCUUCGCUGUGAUGCUAUAGUUGACAUAAUACAUGAUAUUCACAUCGUGUCAACAACCAAAGAACUGUAUCUUGAAGAUUCACCACUGCAGCUCAAAAUUCAAGCAUUAGAUUCUGAAGGAAACACUUUUAGCACUUCGGCAGGGCUUGCUUUUGAAUGGACAAUCAUGAAAGAUCCAGAAGCAACUGGAGUCUCAGAUUCUCAUAAUGCACUACGUAUCCUGAAGUUCUCAGAAUCAACGUAUAUACCUCCUUCCUAUAUUAUGAAGAUGGAAAAGAUUGCCAAGCAAGGAGACAUUGUUUUAGUGUCUGGCAUGAAAACAGGAAGCUCAAAAUUAAAAGCAAGAAUACAGGAAUCUUUUUAUAAGAAUGUACCUGCUGCAGAAGUCAGAUUGUUUAUUUUGGAAAACAUCCUUCUAAAUCCAGCAUAUGAUAUCUACCUGCUGGUAGGAAUGUCAGUACAAUACAAAGUUCAGAAAAUAAGGCAAGGGAAGAUUACAGAAUUAAUGAUGCCUUCUGAUCAGUACGAACUGCGGCUUUGGAACAACACAUUCAGCCCUGAGGGAGAUACAGCCAGGCCCAUUGCCAAGCUGGAUCAGGCAACAUCCACAGUUACUGCAUUGCAGCGGGGACAGACUAACAUCAUACUCGACCACAAAAAUAUCCUUCUUAUGCAGGGUGCUUCUAAAUUACCGAAUGGUAGUAUUUAUGUUGUGGACCCAGGAUACUUAGGAUUUUCAGUUCACCCUGGAGACAGAUGGAUCCUGGAAACAGAAAGGCUGUAUGAAAUAACAGUUGAAGUAUAUGAUAAAUCUGAUAAUAGGGUGUAUUUGUCAGAUAAUCUCAGAAUUGAUACAUACUUUGCAGAAGAAUACUUCACAGUUCUGCAGUCCUCUCUGAAUGGAUCACAUCACCAUGUGAAAGCAAUAAGAGAAGGCCAAACUACUAUUACUGCUUCAUUAACAUCUAUUGUGGAUCAGGAUGGAGGUGUUUAUACAUUACUUGUUCCUGUACGAAACCAGCAAGAAAUAGACAUUUAUGUCCCCAUUGCCCUUUCACCAAGCAUUUUGACAUUUCCAUGGCAGCCAAGAGCAGGAGCCUAUCUGUACACAAUAAAGGUUCAAGGUGGAAGUGGCAACUUCACUUGGUCUACAUCUAACCAAAAUGUUGCUACAGUGACAGUUAAGGGACUAAUGACAACUGGAAAUGAGAUUGGUGUCAGUGUGAUACAUGCCAAUGAUGUUCAGAAUCCGUUACACUAUGGGGAAAUGAAGGUGUAUGUGACAGAACCUAGUGACAUGGAGUUCAUACCCUGUCAAGUUGAGGCACGUGUGGGUCAGAUUUUGGAGCUGCCUCUGAAGAUUAAUGGUCUAAUGAAUGUGGAAAAUAAUCAAAUGGUCACCCUGAGUGACUGUUCACAUUUUGAUUUAGUUGUUGAUGUGGAAAACCAUGGUGUGUUCAAUCCAAUUCAAGGAAAGCUAAAGCCAACUCCAGACUACUGCAGCGGAGUCAAAGUAAAAGCUGAAUCCCAAGGAUACACAGCGCUUGUAGUUAGCUAUACACAUGGUCACAUUCACCUCCAUGCAAGUAUCACCAUAGCUGCCCAUCUACCACUCAAAACUAUUGAUCCUGCUUCUGUUGCACUGGUAACUUUGGGUUCCUCCAAAGAUAUAAUAUUUGAAGGAGGAUCAAGACCAUGGGUUCAAGAACCAUCCAAAUUCUUCAGGAAUGUCAGUGCUGCAGAUCCAGAUGACAUUGGUUUAUUCUUACUAGGGCCACCUACAAAUAGGAAUCCCUUCCAGCAUUGGGUUAGGGCAUCUUGCAAAGCUUUGGGAGAACAAGUAAUUUCAUUAACAAUUGGAAACAAGCCCACUAUUACUAAUCCAUUUCCAGUUGUUGAAUCUGCAAUUAUGAAGUUGAUUUGUGCCACUCCCUCCCGACUCAGUUUGGUACCUGUAUAUGCAAAUCCUCAGCUAGGUCUCUCCUGUCCUUUGCUCCAUCAAAACAAACAAGGGGUUCCUGUCUCAAAUUAUCGCAAUCCAGUACUGGAUUUGGAGGUUUAUGACCAACAGGGACGUAAAUUUGACAAUUUUAGUUCCCUUAGUAUCAUAUGGGAAUCAAGAAAACAUUCAUUAGCUAUCAUAGACUCCAAUAUGCCAAUGGAGCUGUCUUUGAAAGAUCAUGGAAAUGGUCAGAAGAAAAUGCAUGGUUUGCAAACUGUUUUAGUUCAUGGUGAAUCUGGAACAACAACUCUAUCAGCUACUGCAAGUGGAUACCAGCAUUCUCAUCUCAAUGCCGCUAAAGUAAAUAAUCUGUAUGAAUCUCUUACAGCUGUAUCUGCCACUAUUGAGCUGAUACUUGUGGAAGAUGUAAAAGUCAGUCCUAAAGAACUGGCACUCUAUAAUCACCCAGCUGUCAAGGCUGAACUGCUCAUUAAGGAGGGCUCUGGAUACUUUUUCAUUAAUGCAAGUGUUAUCAAUAUUGCUAAAGUGACCUAUGAAGAAACUGAAGGUGUUGCUGCGGUAUACCCAUUACUUCCUGGAUCAUUGUCUGUAAUGAUUCGGGAUUUGUGUCUUUCCUCUUCUACACCUGCUAAAGCUGAAGUGCAUGUGUCUGAUAUACACAAAAUAUAUGUUGGUGGUGUUGAUAAGGUUGAGAUUGGCAAAACAGUUAAAGCAUAUGUCAGAGUACUGGAUGCUUCCAAUAAAUACUUUCUGGCUAAAUACUUCACUUUCAUGGAUUUAAAGCUAAAGGCAGCAUCUCAGAUUAUUUCCUUGAAUCUACUCAGCGAAGCUCCUGAUGAAUACACUGCUACUUUUCUAGUUUAUGGUGUGGCUGUAGGUCAAACCAGUAUUACAGCUGUUGUCAUUGACAAAGAUGGAGAGAGAAUCAAUUCAGCUCCACAGCAAAUUGAAGUGUUCCCUCCUUUUAGACUAAUACCAAGAAAAGUCACAUUACUUAAAGGUGCAGUGAUUCAAAUUAUUUCUGAAGGAGGUCCCCAGCCUCAGUCUAACAUAAUUUUCUUGAUGAGUGACACCAGAAUUGCCUGUGUGAAUAGCAGUGGCCAUGUAACAGGAAUGGUGAUUGGGAACACUGCUGUAACAGGAAUGGUUCAAGCUGUUGAUGCAGAGACUGGUAAAGUGGUCGUGAUAUCCCAGGCCAAAGUUGAUGUUGAGGUAAUUCAACUUCAGGCUGUUAGAAUCCAUGCACCUGUUACACGAAUGAAAACUGGCACUCAGAUGCCAGUAUAUGUGAUGGGUAUAACUAGUAAUCAAACUCCAUUUUCAUUUGGAAAUGCAGUGCCUGGAUUAACAUUUCAUUGGUCUGUCACUAAAAGGGAUAUUCUGGAUGUAAAAGCGAGACACAGUGAGACUUAUCUUCAGCUUUCGGUUCAAUAUAACUUUGCCAUGGAUAUUUACAGUAUGGGCAAGGGAAGAACAGGCUUAAAAGUUAGUGUGAAGGCCCUAGAUCCUUCAGCAGAACAAUUUUGCCACAUGGCAAGAGAAUUGUCUGAUGAAAUCCAGAUACAGGUAUUUGAGAAACUGGUGAUUCUUAAUAUAGAAGCAGAACAGAUCUUAAUGUCACCAAACUCUUUUUUCAAAGUUCAAACAAACAGGGACAGGGUGGCAUCUCUGAGUUACCGUGUACUGGAUGGUCAAGACAGCUUUCCUGUGGUACAGAUUGAUGAGAGAGGCCUUCUUCAUUCUGGAUCCCUAAUAGGAUUAGCAACAAUAGAAGUAAUUUCACAAGAGCCAUUUGGAAUCAACCAGACUCUUAUUGUUGCUGUCAAGGUGGCUCCUGUUUCCUACCUUAGAAUAUCCAUGAGUCCAGUUCUCCACACAAAAACCAAUGAGGUAUUAGAGGCCUUACCAUUGGGAACAACCAUGACUUUGACCAUCCACUUCCAUGAUAAUUCUGGAGAUAUCUUCCACUCACAAAAUUCUGUUGUCAGCUUUGCAACAAACAGAGAUGACUUUGUACAGGUUGGGAAAGGAGUGUCCAACAGCACACUGAUAAUCCGAACAAUGAAUGUAGGAUUAACAUUGCUUAUGGUUUGGGAUACAGAGCACAGCAGUAUUGCAGAUUAUGUGCCCCUUCUUGUUCAACACGUAAUCUACCCUGAACUCAGAGACAUUGUUGUAGGUGAUGUCAUCUGCUUCAGUUCUUCACUGGUAAACCAAGAAGGUUUGUUAGGAAUGUGGAAUUCUUCUUUAAAUGGUGUUCUUCAAAUUGACCCGAAGACUGGAGUAGCUGUAGCAAGAAAUUCUGGAACAGUUACGAUAUAUUAUGAGAUCCUUGGACAGCUUAAGACAUACAGAGAGGUGUUGGUUAAUGUACCACAGAGGAUUGUUGCAGUACAUGUAAGUGGAAUGAAAACAAGCUUGGAGGGUAUCUCAUCUUCAAAAGUUAUUGUUAAAAUUGGACACAACAGCAAAAAUAUGAAAGGGGAAUGUUCACCUGCCCAAAUUGAAGUGAUUGAAGAAAUGAAGCCUCAGUCUAGUAUCAGUUGCCAUCUUCAUUUCAACAGUGAUCUAUUUGAUUUCCAAGCCUCUGAAAUUUUUAUAGCAGAACCCGGGUUUGAUGCCCUGUCUGGACACUAUACUUGUGCCAUCACAAUGCACAGACUUCCUGACAAACAGCUAAAGCAACUGACUAUGAGCAAAACUGUUCUGGUUGUAACAGCUUCAGUACAGAACGGCCAUUUCUCAACUGAGCAGAUAAGUGCUGAAGUGCCAUUCAAUCCAGGAUUUUAUGCUAAUGAGACUGAAAUUAUCUUGAGUAAUCAUUACCCAAGUUCUGAUGUGAAAAUUUUUGGAGCCACUGAAAUUCUUCAGAACCUUGAGGUGAAAUCAGGCUCGCCUAUGGUAGCAAUCUCUGAGAAGGACAGAUCUUAUGGCUUGCCUAGUUAUAUAACCUACACUGUCCGAUUAUCUGAUCCAAGACUGUCAAGCAAAGGUUCUUUAUCUACCAUGCUUACUAUAGCAAGCAGAGUGACUGAUCAAUCCUUCACUAUCCCAGUGACAAUGAUUUAUGUAUCUGACAGAACUAUGUCAGUGAAACAUGGAGCCAGUUUAUUCCAUCACUUCAUUGAUUCCUACCAGAUCAUGUUCUUUACACUUUUUGCACUGCUGGCUGGUACAGCUGUUAUGAUCAUAGUUCAUUGUGCCAUUUUUUCACCAAAAGAACAGACAACACAUCCAGCUUUUACCUCAAGGAGAAGCCCCCAGCACAGACCAAAUGGUGUUGAAUUUCCUGUUCCAUCUGCAGUUGCUUUCAGCCCUAUACCAUCAAGCAGAGAAAACAACUCUCCUCCCAGGCUAUGGAGCCCCCAGUACGCUUCACAAUAGAGAAAGCUAUUUUCUACUCAAGGAUUUUUGUUUUGGUUUUAAAUUGGUGCCUUUGAUACCACAUGAAACUGUGUCAAAGCUUUGUUUACCUUAGUGUAAAUUUUUUUAGUUAAGGGAACAACAUAAUCACUGUAUGUUUUUAGUGCACCAUGCUAAUAAAAUGUGUCUGCGUUGCUUUCAGUUUUGCAGACUCUGUUCCUAUACAGUCUGUCACUUUGGAGGAAGGGGAGGCGACCAGUAGCUGGCUUGUUUCCCACCUCCCUUUCUGCAUGCUGCAGUUAAUUUCAGUUCUGCUUAUUAAUUGUACAGAUGCACAGUGCUUCUUCACUUAUUUUCCAUGGAUUAUUUUUUAUUGUUUACAAUGAGACUGCAUGCUUUUAGAAUAGUGAUAUAACUAAAACAUGAGCCAAGUGCAUGAAGGAUUAUAUGCUUCUACAGAACUAAAGUUUUAGUUUGGUUUUUCAUUUUAUUUUAUUUUUGACACUCAGGAAUAAAUGUACUGCACUGAUACAUUUUCUCUCUGUUUAGCCUUACAAAUCUUUGUAAUUGGCCAGUCCAGAAGCAGUUAUGCUGUAAUAACUGUGAAGAGUUUCUUCUUUGUAAGAACUGUAGCAAAAUCUCCCUUUCCCUACAAAUGGUCAGCUCCUCCAGUUGCUGCUGCAAAUGUAAUAAGCAUUCAGGAUUUUUUUGUGAACUUUGUACUAAAGUUGUUUUAUAACUUUGCAGACUUUUUUAAAAAAAAUUGAAGACAAUUUAUUUUAACCAUUUUUUUAAAAAAACAACCCUUGAAUGGUGUAAGAGUGGAGGAGAAGACAUCUUCAUUAGCAUUGUUUGUACUUCAACAGAAAUGGAGCUCCCAUGCACAUCUGCUGAACUGUAAAUUGAAUUAGGAGCCUGAUCUUUGAAGCGAUGCAGAAGUACAAAUGCCAUUGAAAUUCAGGAAGAGUAGUUCAGCCAUCACAGUCUGGAUUAUGCAACAAUAAAUUGUUUUGUGCUGCUUUCUUCAAAAUUUACUAUAGUAUGACUCUAUUAGUACCUUACCAGAGUCUGGUCAUAAGUUAAAAUGCUUGCCAAUGCUUCAGCUUUCCCUGAUGUGAAACCAUGGCAAUAUUCAGGGCAAUGCGAAGUUACUGAUUACUUCAGGUGGAAUAGAACAUCUCCCAUGCACUUUCAUGAUAUAAAUUGUAAAUACGGCUAUUAAUUAUAUAUUACCAGGAAUAAUUACAGGAGAAUUCUAAUAGAGUUGUGCCUUUCUAAAACCAUUGUAUUUAAUGGACAUAGAAAAGUGUAACUCUGCUUACCAUUGCACUGUUACUCAUAUAUACAGACCAGACCAUAUUGUGCUUUCCAGCACAUUAUUUUAUAUAUUGUUUUGGGCUGAAUUUACUUUUAGGAACAAUACAGUUUCGUUUGAACUUUCCAUAUAUUGUUUUGUGGAUUCCCUCCUCCCCCCAAUUACUCCUGUGGGGAAUUGCAUGCUUCCAUUCAUAGCGGCUGCAGCAAUCAUAAACAUUUUCAGAUGUUGUGGUAGUAAGAAACUCAAAUUCAGUAAAUGUAAUUGUUUCUAAGUUCUGAUUCACUGGCUCAUAUCUUCUUGAAUGCACAGCUGUCAGGUAUCUCCGAAGAGAUUUUAUUGGGCCCAGCAACAGGUCACUGUGCAAAUGCAAUCUUGCUAACCCAUCACGAAACAAGGCUGUCAAUAAAAUAUAUAUACGAGAGUUUUUUGCAGAAGCUGAAAGAAAAAUGUUUACCAAGGGAAUGUUCUUAAGUCUUGUCUUGGCAUAAACAUUCUGCCUUACUUAUACUAUAAGAAGCCCUUUAUCAUGGGACUUCUAGUCAAUUUUCUUGAGGCUUUAGGCUAAAUAUCAUAGGUUUUGAAUAGGAAGUCUUCUGUUCCAGUACAGUGAGAAUUGUGUCUGUGAAUCUGUUAAAUUGUGAAUUCUAAAAAAAGUGUUAAAAAGAAUAAUAGUUAAAAGAAGACUAAAUGAUGCACAAAAGAUACUGUGACAUAAAGCUUUAUUUGUAAAGUAUUAUUGGAAAAAUGCAGUUUUUGCUUGGAUUUGUAUAAUCCAUUCAUGCAGUUUUGAAAAAUAAAGAUGUUCCUUAUCUUGA